GUGGACGACAGAUAAAGUGUGUGUUCAGUCGAGAAGAUACCAGGAUAACUAACAGCACCGCACUAUUUGCUCUAAAGUGGAUUUGGAUUUUAUGUACAACAUGACAUUUGAGGAACUAAGUGGGGAUUAUUCUCAAGAAAGAAUGGAUUCAGUGGCGAAAGCUUUGGAAGAAGUCCUCACCUCUGCGUUACCUCAGGGCUGCAUUACAGUUGGUGUCUACGAGGCAGCCAAAUCCCUCAAUGUAGACCCUGAUAAUGUGGUUUUGUGCAUCCUGGCCACUGAUGAUGAAGAUGUGAAAGAUGUGGCCCUGCAGAUCCACUUUACACUCAUUCAGGCUUUCUGCUGCGAGAAUGACAUCAACAUCCUGAGAGUCAACAACACCCGACGCCUGGCAGAAAUAUUGGGUGGAGGAGGAGGUGGAAAACAGAGUGGGGGUGAACCUAUGGACCUACAUUGUGUGCUUGUCACUAGCCCACAUUCCUCAUCAUGGAAGGACCCUGCUUUGAGCAAAGUGAACCUCUUCUGCAGAGAGAGCCGAUGUAUGGACCAAUGGGUACCCAUCAUCAACCUGCCCGAGCGAUGAAGUUUUUGCAGCAAAAACCUGUGAAAGGACUUGUAUCUGCACAGGAAUGGACACAUUACCACCCAGAGAUCAAAUUCCAAAGCACUGUGGACGGGGGAAAGAAAAAUAUGGAGGAAAAAAAAGACCCCGCUGUCUACAUGGGAUGUAUUAAAAAGAGAAAAAAAAGCAGGGGUGGGGGUGGAUUUCCACUUGGACAGGACUGUUUGGAGUUGCGUCUGUCAGUUUUGGCAACCAAGAUGAGAUGGCGAGGCACUUGUACCGUCUUGAGGUGGACAUUUGUUUUAAAAAAAUGUGAAGCUGGACACUGUACAGAAGGAUAAUAUCAUGUGUUUGUUGGGCGAAGCCUCUGUGACGAGUCAGAAAAGUGGGGAGAAAACCAGAGAAUGGAGCUGUUGAGUGGACCAAGGCCUCGGCCUCUCUGCAGAAACAAAGCACUUGUUGAAACACUGGACCUUUGCAAUUUCACUUCUUUGAUUUCAGUUGUUAAUGUUGACGUUGCUAUUGUCAUAAUUUAAAAAGGGAAGGGCUAGACAUCCAGUGAAGACAUUGUGUGUAUUUAGUGUUUCCUAUGCCAGCUGGUUUUUUGCCACAAGUAAAAUUGUUCUUUUGUUACAAUUUAAGUUAUUUCUAAUGAUAUUUAAAUGUAUUUAUGUUUCUUUUUUUUUUACCUUUUAACUAUUUGCAAAGUCUGAAUGCAAAACACACACAUGUAUUGCUGUCAAUAAAAAAGUAUUUUUU